GAGUUACCUCGAAUGUUUUACUACCUCAAAGUUAUUCCCUUUAUUUCAGCGAAUCUUCCACGUUCAUGUGAAGAAUGGUGGAGUGCUCGUGGGAAUCGAACUCGAUUGCCAGUCGCUGGUAGAAACGUCACAAUCGACCUGGACGGUGGUGGUCCGAUGAAAUCGAUGCGGGUCGUAUGCAAAAUGAUGAAAGACGACAUGGGAGUGGAUGUGAUCGCUACCAUUCUGGAGCACGAUCUCAAACGACCGAUAUUCGUCACGGGUGACAAUAAUCCGGGCGUCGUCAAGAAAGCUCUAUUAUACGGUGUCACAACAGAGCAGAUGGAUCGUCUCGUUGAAGGUUUCGAAUCGUGUUCACAGUACAUGCGCUUCUCGUGUCGUGGUGGUGCUCGACUGAUGACGCAAGGUGAUGAACGUUCGCCUUCCUCAUGGUAUGCCACACGAUCGGACAAACAUGGUCUGCAAUGGGGAGAUGCACCACCAUACAGUCGAAUGUGUUCCUGUGCCACCAAUGGCACUUGCCUUCACAACAGGAUGUGCAAUUGUGACUCUGGAGAAGAUGCAACCGAUGAAGGGGUUAAUCCUUAUGCUCAACUACUCCCUGUCACAGGCCUGUUUCUCGGUGGAACGACGAAGACAUCAUCUAUUGAAGUGGAAAUUGGGCCACUGAUCUGCAAUAGACGAGUGUCGUUCGAAUCUGUGACGUUUUCGGACCGAAAUGCUCGUAUAACUGGUGUCCGAUCAUUGUCGUCCAGAACCUUCGACCUCAUGCUUCAGGCUAAGUUCAGCCACACUCAUAUGAGCCUUUUUACAUGGGAGAGCGCCGACGCACUGCACUGGCUUCAUCUCUACAUUCAAGAAGGUAAAUUUGUGGGUGAGAUAGUGAAUGGAGGCGAAACGGCUCAGGUGGUUACCGAUUCCAUCUACAAUGACGGCAAAUGGCAUACGGUCUACUGGGAAGCAGACAGUAAUGGCAUGAGAUUACGUGUUGACGGCAAAACCAGCGAAACAAAUGCCACACUCAUACUGCCCAAUGCUCAUCAAUGGACUAUCGGUUCCCGAACAGAACGCGGAUUAUCAGGCUAUGCCGGUGUCAUACGAAGUGUUCACCUAAGUGGGGAGGAGUUGACAUUGAGCUCAAUUGUCAGAAAGGACUACGACAAAGGUGUUCAUAUAGGUGAAGAAGGUUAUUGUCGUGUAGGCCUAUGCAAGAAUGGAGGUGUUUGUGUUGACAAGUACGACGGUUACACUUGCGACUGUACACAGACACCUUUCGGAGGCAAUGACUGCAACAAAGAGUACAGUAUGUUCGUUCCGGCUGGUUCAUUCCUGCAAAUACCAUGGCAAAAUCCGGCUCACACCAACAACUGUCAUCAGAUUGCCAUCCAAACCAGCAUCACAAACGUCUCGCUAGUCAAGUCAAAAGCUCUCUUCGCUGAAUCGACAUUCAAUAUGUCGAUAAAUCCACGAGGACAUCUGACUUUGUCGGUCUAUGACGGGUUCUUUUUCAAUCACAGAGAUUCGGAAAAGCGAUGGAAUCUUAGCGAUAAUAUCAUGCAUGACAUCGCUUUUUGUGCAUCGGAGACAAGCUUCAACCUGACGAUCGAUGGCGAACCAUCCAUACACUUUGAAGGAAACUGGACGUUCUUCCAAAGCUUCAAUGUGUGGACGUUCAUGGACAGAAAUUUCACUGGAUGUGUCUCACGGAUGCGUGUAGGUUCGUCAUUCCCACUCAAGAAUCCCAAAGCCGCUCGUUUGAAACACUCGGGACGAAUUCGUUUUGGAAGCUGCUCUAUGGACGUGAUGUGGCACCUUUCAGCAAUUGUUGGUCUGGCUGUAGCCGGCAUCUUGGCACUUCUGCUAGCAAUUCUUGUGUGCUACAUGAGAUCUCGCCCAGAAGGCGUGUACAAGACAAAUGAAGGCGAAUAUAGUCCAUCUCGAAGUGAAGAACCACUGGUAAAUGGAAUGCCAGCUGGUGGAAAAGAGUACUUUUGUUAG